GCCGCCGCGUGUGAAAUCCCACAUUCAGUCUCUACGAUUUUAAAUUUAAAAAAAGAAAAGCGGAAUAUAUAAAUCGUGAUGAAAAAAUAGAAGUUGAAAAACUGUAGGUAAAGAACUGAUGGUAGAAAGGAUGAUCAAAUUAUGAUAAAAGAGCGGAUAUUAGAUCCGAUCUUUGGUAAGGAAUGAAAGAUACAAAGAUAACCUGAAAAAGCCGAUAUCACCAUGAUGAAGAUCAGAAACUGCUAGAUACAAUCUUCGAUUAGGAGUUUCCAGUAUUAGAUAAGUUUCUGUGUUUGUAGUGUUGAUUAGACAGGAACCCGAUGAGAUGAAAAGUGUGAGAAAAUAGUUCAAGUUUAGAUAAUAGAAACUGAAAUUCUCCUGGUUUUCUUUUUUUAUUGUGGAGUUCUCCAUUGUGGAGUACGCCAUCGCUAACUUGUUGAUCCGCCCGUGCCAGAGAUUCAAACCAAUGACGGCCUUCCUGCUCAGCAGGGGGCUCGUUUUUUCCAACAUGGCUUUAGUCCUUUUACCUCUCCUUCUUCUUCUGAGUACAGGAAUUCACUCAAGCUUUGCUAAUCCUCAGCCCUGGGAGACUCACACGGAUCCCUUGGUUGUAGACACUACAACCGGACUCAUGAGGGGAUUUUCUCGUACCGUUCUAGACGGCCACGAGGUCCAUGUCUUCUAUGGAGUCCCCUUCGCAAAACCCCCGAUUGGACCCCUCAGGUUUCGGAAACCUCAACCAGUUGAUCCCUGGCAUGGAAUUCUUGAGGCCACGACUUUGCCAAACUGCUGCUACCAGGAGAAGUAUGAAUACUUCCCAGGAUUCGAGGGUGAGGCGAUGUGGAACCCGAAUACCAAUAUUUCGGAGGAUUGUCUUUAUCUAAACAUCUGGGUUCCCCAAAGAGUUCGACUAAGGCAUCAGGGUGCAGAACCACCAGUUGGAAGAGAAAAACACGGAGCACCUAUUCUUGUCUGGAUCUAUGGGGGAGGAUAUAUGAGUGGAACAGCAACUCUAGAUGUUUAUGAAGCAGACAUAAUGGCUGCAAGUACCAAUUCUAUUGUUGUAUCUAUGCAAUAUCGGGUAGGAGCUUUUGGAUUUUUGUAUCUGAACCAACACUUCCCGAACAGCCAGGAGGCUCCAGGGAAUAUGGGCUUGUGGGACCAGGUGAUGGCACUUCAGUGGCUGAAGGACAACGCUGCAGCUUUUGGCGGGAAUCCUGACUUGAUCACUAUCUUCGGAGAAUCAGCUGGUGGUGGAUCAGUUUCUCUUCAUUUGAUAUCCCCUGCUACGAGAGGAUUGGUGAGGAGGGGUAUUCUUCAAAGUGGAACUUUAAAUGCUCCUUGGAGUUACAUGACAGCAGAAAAAGCUGAUGAGGUGGCCAGGAUUCUUGUUGAAGAUUGUGGAUGCAACUCAAGUUUGCUUAUGGAAAACCCUGCGCAUGUUAUGGCGUGUAUGAGAUAUGUGGAUGCGAAGACCCUGUCGGUCCAGCAGUGGAACAGCUAUUGGGGACUUCUUGGCUUUCCAUCAGCACCUACUAUUGACGGAGUUUUCCUGCCAAAGGAUCCUUUAGAGCUGUUAAAGGAGACGGACUUUGAGGAGACGGAGAUCUUGAUUGGGAACAAUAAAAAUGAAGGAACCUACUUUAUAUUGUACGAUUUCAUCGACUACUUCGAGAAAGAUAACCCGAGUCCUCUUGAUAGAACCAAAUUUCUGCUAAUCAUGAACACAAUCUUCAAGAAUAUGUCGCAAAUCGAGCGAGAUGCCAUUACAUUCCAGUAUACAGACUGGGAUAAUCUGAAGGACGAAUACAUGUACCAGAGAAUGGUAGCAGAUGCAGUUGGUGAUUAUUUCUUCAUCUGCCCUUCGACCCAUUUCGCCCAACUCUUUGCAGAUCGUGGCAUGAAAGUCUACUAUUAUUUUUUCACACAGACAAGCAGUACGAAUUUAUGGGGUGACUGGAUGGGCGUAAUGCAUGGUGAUGAGAUCGAGUACGUUUUUGGUCUUCCACUGAAUAUGUCCCUUAAAUAUACCGAUAAAGAGCGUGACCUUGCUCAAAGAUUUUUAUCAAUCUACUCCAACUUCGCUUUACACGGGAAACCAACACAAAGUGAAGCUGAAUGGCCACCAUAUACGAGAGAUGAUCCUCGGUAUUUUAUUUUAGACGCCGAAAAGACCGGCUUUGGAAAAGGUCCUCGCAUGACCGCCUGCGCUUUCUGGAACGAUUUUCUUCCUCGACUGAAAGGAAUACCUGAUCCGGAACCGGAAGCUUGCAACAGGGUUAUAGCAUCCAGCGUCUCAGCAGGUUCGGAUAGGCUCAGAUCGACUCUCAGACCUGCUCUAACAUUUUUACUUUUCACCCUGGCAAUAUCCACGAUAAUGUAAGCCAUGAGAUGACACUUCCAGUAGUACAACAUCCGCUGGCACGGAAUUCUGCUUCAAGAAGGACGUCCAGAUGCUUAUGCAAUUUCCAAUCAAGGAUCAGAUUCGCCUCCAUCUGAAUAAUAUAGAGGCAAAGAAUAGAAAGCAGUAAGCCCGGAGUGAGGCCAAGGUUCAAAAAUAAACGUAGAAAAUGCUGACAGAAAGGGAAAAAUAUAAAAUCGCGAAUAAAAAAAUCUGAGUAAUGAUGGCUGGGAAAUUAA